CGUUUUCCUUUUUAAAACCCCGGAAAAAUCAACCCUUCUCCCGCUACCGCCCCCCUUCUCUCUCUCUCUGAGACCUCUUCUUUAAGGGCUCAUUCGCCUCCUCCGUUAAGCUUUCUCUUCUACUUUUGGUUUUUUGUUUUUCCCCUUUCAAAAUUUGUCCUUUCCGAAUUUUACAUCAAUUUCCUGUUCUUUGAUUUGCUUGAUCCAAGAAAUUUUCUUUUGUUUUUGGAUUUUCGUCCAAAGCUAAAGUUUUCGUUGUUGAGCCGUUCAAGAAUCGAAAUCGCUUAUAUUUUUUUCAUUUAAAAAAGAGUAGGGGUUGUUUUUUUGGCGGUAAAUUGAUAGAUAGAUAGAUAGAUAGCGAGAUGGUGAGUUCAGAGGGAUUGAGUGGUUCGACACCGCCGGUGGCAGCGCCAGUGAAGCAGUACGGUGUAACAAAGCCGAUAUCAAUGGCAGGUCCCUCCGAAGCCGAUAUACAAAGAAGUCGUGAAUUGGAAAAGUUUUUGGUGGAAGCUGGGCUUUAUGAGAGCGAAGAAGAAACUGCAAAGAGAGAAGAAGUUCUUGGUCGAAUUCAAGAGAUUGUAACAGAUUGGGUGAAGCAACUUACUCGGUUGAGGGGUUACACAGGUCAGAUGGUUGAAGAUGCAAAAGCAGUCAUUUUAACUUUUGGUUCUUAUCGACUUGGGGUUCAUGGACCUGGCUCUGACGUAGACACUUUAUGUGUGGGACCAUCCUAUGUGAACCGAGAGGAAGAUUUCUUCUUUGUAUUGCACAACAUCCUGGCAGAAAGGGAAGAAGUUACUGAGCUACAACCUGUUCCAGAUGCUCAUGUCCCUGUAAUGAAAUUUAAGUUUGAUGGAAUAUCAAUUGACCUUCUUUAUGCAAGCAUCUCUCUUUUGGUUGUGCCUCAAGAUCUUGACAUCUCUGAUGUGUCGGUAUUGUACAAUGUUGAUGAGCCUACCGUUCGAAGUCUUAAUGGCUGCCGGGUUGCAGAUCAAAUUCUGAAACUAGUUCCAAAUGCUGAGCAUUUUCGCACAACACUCCGAUGUCUGAAGUUCUGGGCUAAAAGGCGUGGUGUUUAUUCUAAUGUGACUGGAUUUCUUGGUGGUGUUAAUUGGGCUCUUCUUGUAGCUCGAGUUUGCCAGCUUUAUCCCAAUGCAGUUCCUAUUAUGCUUGUUUCACGAUUUUUUAGGGUCUUUACUCAGUGGCGUUGGCCAAACCCAGUUACGCUUUGUGCAAUUGAAGAAGAUGAACUUGGAUUUUCUGUAUGGGAUCCUCGUAAAAAUCCUCGUGAUAGGACUCAUCUUAUGCCAAUAAUUACACCUGCCUAUCCAUGCAUGAAUUCUAGCUAUAAUGUAUCUGCAAGCACCCUUCGAGUCAUGACGGAGCAGUUAAAAUAUGGUAACAACAUUUGUGAGGAGAUUCAGCUGAAUAGAGUAAAGUGGAGUGCUCUGUUUGAGCCUUAUUUGUUCUUCGAAAGCUACAAAAACUAUCUUCAGGUUGAUGUUGUUGCAGCUGAUGCCAAUGACUUGCGUGCUUGGAAAGGCUGGGUGGAAUCCCGGCUAAGGCAGCUUACUUUGAUGAUUGAGCGAGUCACUUAUGGAAAGUUGCAGUGCCAUCCUUAUCCUCAUGAGUAUGUAGAUGCAUCUAAGCCAUGUGCCUGUUGUGCCUUCUUUAUGGGUUUACAAAGGAAACAGGGGGAAAUAGUUCAGGAAGGUCAGCAAUUUGAUAUACGAGGAUCAGUUGAUGAAUUCCGGCAUUCGGUAAGCAUGUACAUGUAUUGGAAACCUGGGAUGGAAAUCCAUGUAUCGCAUAUUCGUAGAAAGCAGCUUCCGGCUUAUGUUUUGCCAGAUGGCUACAAACAUCCUUGGAAUCCACGGGUUACUCCCCACCAUCAGUCUGAUAAACUGUCCCAUAACAAUCAUAUUGCAUGUACUGAAUCUGGUGGGAAAUGCCUUAAAAGGAAAAAGGAUCCUGAAGGAGAAAAUAAUGAGCAUAGUAAGCCGGAGAAACGGCUGAAUCUUGAUGGUAGUGAAUCUGUUUCUCCUGAGAUUAUUAGUUGUGAGCUUAGCAGAAUGUCUUCAGGUUGUUCUACAUCUGAUUUAGAUGAAAUGAAUGGAGUUGCUGAAGGGAAUGCAUCAUCUAAUUCCAGCACUAUCAGCUCUUGCUCAAAUGAGGAUAUUGGGAAUGAAUCCAGUGAAGGGAGCAAUGGAGGUGAUAAUGGGAGCAUAGAAGGGAUUACUAUCCCAGCAUCUUCUCAGAGUGAUUCAUGUGAUGCAGAUUCAAAAUCUUCUUUGGAGGAUGAACAUGCUGAUCACAACAGAGUAUUUGAAGAUGGAUUACAGAAAGAGUUAGAGCCUAAUGCCGCUGUUGGUGUGGUUCUCAAGUCCAUGAAUGAAGCUGACUCAGAAACUGUGCAGAAUACCGUGAUAAGCAGGUUGAAUUUGACGUCAACAGCAUGAGAGAUAAGUUUAUGAAACUGUUGUUGCGCAGAGGAAAGACAUGGAAAGCCAGCAGUUCGGGUAAGUGUAAUUUUAGUUGCUGGCUUUCAUUAUUUCUCUUUUUCAGGCACCUGUUCCUUGGUUCUAUGUUUCUGGGCAAGAACCAGUUGGCAGAAUCUAAACAUCAUCUGGGGUGUGGCUUUAGCUUGCUUCUCUGUGCAGUUUUUCGCUUAUGUUGCCUGCUGUUCUGUUCUCUAGAGGGGAAAAAAGGGGAAAAGAACAAGAAAAUGUCAAAAAAAGGUAAAAAACCAAAGAGAGAGAGAGAGAGUACCUGUUUUGGACAGGCAAUGAAGUCUUGCAUUAUCUUGAGUGUGCUUGGCACAAACUCAGUGGAAAGGUAUGGGAUAUAGGUGAAGAAUUUUUCCAGGUUGUAGUGUGUUAGGGUGUCUCUAGGAGGGUUCUUUUAUAUGGAAGGAAUGGUUGAGAUGUGAUGUGUAAUGGUAUUCAAGGCCUAACUCUAUGCAACUUUUAAGUAGUCUCUGCUACCCGCCAUGUCAUGUAUUGCAAUAAAAUUAUAUGGAACAUCUCUCUUUUCUCUCA